AUGUAUAACGCAAUAAUGUCCAAGUGCCGGAUUUGUUCUAGCACACCUUUUGGAUCUCUCUUUAAUAUGCUAUUGGGAGAUAAUAGCAAUGUGUAUGAUAGUAAUGGAGCCCUAAAUUCACCAGAUUUUAUUUUUGCGGAGAAUUUAAGUGACGAAGAGGAGGAUAGGACGACGGAAGAACUUCAAAUUUUGAUUAAAGCAUGGGAAACAUAUGUACACUCUAGAGCUUUGCAGUGUUGGAAAUCGCCUGAUGACAUAUACAAAAUACUAGAGUUGAUAGCCCGUGGUUGUGGCAAUAAGUCAGACCCUAUUCUUGGUGGAGACAAUAACUGUGUAAUUUGGCGUGGUGAAUUGUCUAAGGAUGGUGACGAUCCAAUUAUCACUUUUAAGACUUCAGGAUCUACCACAUUCUCGCAUAGUUAUGUAAAUCGCGUUUUGGUAUUCCUCUAUGCAGAUGAGGAGUCAUUUCAACUGUUGCAAACCAAGCCUAAAGAGGCAUUCAAAAUGCAAUGUGGUAACAAACUAUGUAUAAAUCUCACACAUAUUUCUAUGGACGAUUAG